AUGGCUGCAAACAACUUGGCCUCAUUCAAGAUAUAUCUGAAGGCAUACAGUGACGCUGAAUACGACAAGGUCGGGUCCUAUUACCACGAAGACGUGUCGAUUCUAUUGCCGGACAAGCAAUUUGUCUGCGGGCGGGUCAACUUCCUGGAACACUUACGCCGCACGCAUGCCAUCUUUACAGAAACUUUGAGCAUCCGAACGAUCAUACUGCAGGCGGAAAGAUCGUUUGUCAUUAUGGAUGCAUUUUUCGAGGCAAAGAAGGACGCUCCGCCUGAGGCCGUCGGCGGUAAGUCGUUUCGCAAGGGUGAGGUGGCCCAUUUUGUUGUGUGGGCAUUGUACCAGUGGUCGGAGGGCAAGAUAAAAAGUAUCGAGUGCGUGAUGCGUGACACCACGACCUUUGAGCCCGGUAGCACGAGUAUUACUGCACUGGUGGAACAGAGUCGACGUAUCGCUGAUGAAGGAGUGGCUCUUUAG